AUGUCUGACCUGGAUCGCGAGUGGAAGCCGAAGGCCCGGCCUCAGUCGACCAUGGCGCAAGCCUUCUCGUCAGCCUUGGACAGCGCCUUUAUGCUAGACUCUGACGUCGAUAACCUUUCGCAAACCAUCGACCAGAAGAAGCAGCAAAUGUUGAUCCAGAACCGCGAAUUGGAAGAGCUGCAGAAGCGCAUCCGAGAGGCCGAGAAACGCCUCCAGUCCCAGUCUACUGGGAGUGACAACACCUCGUCCCAAUCUAGCCGGGGACAAGGCCAGUCAGCUGCUUCCCAGGGAGGAUCCUACAACGAGCAGCAGCCGCAACAGUCUGAGCAGCGGGGGAACAACUGA